AGCUGGCAACAGCAGUUUAAUGAGGACAGAAAGAAAGGUGCAGUAUGCAAUAUGAUACUUUCUCACAGUCCUCAGCCCUGUCCCGAUGUCUGGGAGGGGCUUGGCCCAGCUUGGAUGACAGCUUUGGCCCAGACUCGGCUCUCUAUCAGCGGACAGUUCUCAGAAGAGCAUUGCUGAGGUGGGAGGCCCUGAAGUUUGAACCAGAGCCAUGGAGGGCUCUGUGCUGAGCCCCACAUCUUGGGAGAAACGGCGGGCCUGGCUCCGUCAGAGCCGUCACUGGCAGACCCAGGUCCUGGAAGAGGAGGCUGCAGCUGCCCUGCAAGAUGUCCCAGAUCCCGAGCCUUCCAGCCUGGAUGAUGUUUUCCAGGAAGGGAAUCCAGUCACUAAGAUUGAAGACUGGCUGCAGGACUGUGGAUACUCUGAAGAAGGGUUUUUUGAGGAAGCAGGGCACUCCAUCUACAGUGGGUGCCCCAGCCAUGGAACUAGCUUUGAAGAUGACUUGACCCUUGGAGCAGAGGCCACACUUUUGGCGGCCAAUGGCAAACUCUUCUCCAGGCGAUUCCUGGACACAGCCCGGCCCUGCCAGCUACUUGAUCUUGGCUGCAGUCUGGCUUCCAGCAGCAUGACUGGAGGGACCAACAAGACCAGUUCAAGCAUUUCUGAAAUUCUGGACAAGGUGCAAGAAGAUGCAGAAGAUGUCCUUUUCAGUCUGGGCUUUGGCCAAGAGGACCACAAGGACACUUCUCGGAUUCCUGCCCGAUUUUUCACCACCCCCUCUCAGGCCAAAGGCAUUGAUUUCCAACUCUUCCUGAAGGCCCAGGUGCGGAGGAUUGAGAUGGAAGACCCUUGCCUCAUGCUGGCCAGCAGGUUUAAGCAGGUGCAAACACUGGCUGUCACUGCCGAUGCCUUCUUCUGUCUCUACUCCUACGUGUCUAAGACACCUGUCCAAAAGUUCACACCAUCCCACAUGUUCUGGAAUUGUGACCCAACUGAUGUGCCAUCUAUCAGGAUUCUGGCUCCAGAACUGGAACCUCACUCACCCAGAGAGCGCCUUCGGAAAGCCAUCUCCAAGAUGUGCCUGUAUACAUGCCCCCGAGAUCGGCUAUCACCACCCCAUAACACCCCCAAAAGGAACAGCUUAGACCAAGUGGUGUGGGAAGUGAUGGACAGAGUGAGAGGAGAAAAGCUAGUCCUCCAGCAAGAUCCUGGAUUUGGGCCAGACUCAUGGAAAGACUCUUUGCCCAAUAUCGGGGGUACAAAACUGCCCACUUCUUCCUGUCCAUGUGCCCUCUGCCCUAAAGAGGAAACACAGCAGGGGAUGUCCACAGUGCAAGCACAAUCACAAACCCUGGUUUCUAACCCAAAGGCACUCUGUUGCACACAUUCUCUGCCCAGAGCAGAUCUACAGUGGAGCACAGACUCUGCACAGGUAAAGAGAGAGCUGCAGGGUCCACUGGCCACAAACAAGGAAGCCCAUUCAGCCCAAGAUGGAACUUUCUGGAAAAAGAAGGCCAGAGCAAGAAAGAGCUUGUUUCAGAAGAAUCCCAUGGACAGGACGGUUAAGCCAAUGGGCCCGUCCAUCAUCCAACAGAAAAGGCAGCAGAGCCAAAAGGGACCAGAAUUGCACCAAUCUUUAACCCAGCAGCUACAGGACACUUUUGACUUGGAGGAGUUACAGGUGCAAAACCACAGUGAGGAAGAGGAGAGCCACUGUGGACCCAGUGGACCCAGACAUCCUCACCUCUACCAGACUGCUGUUGCUGCUCAAGAUUCAGAAAGCUUUCUCCACCACCCCAACGGCACAUGCUCUGACAGCAGUGGCAUCGUAGAAGAGCCUAAUUCUGUCUUCCCCUUGCAAGAGGUUGAGCUGUCCCCAACAUCCAGCUCCUACUCUCUGGCCCUGCAAACUUCUCAACUCAGUAAGAGAAAGGCAGCAUGGUGCACUGGAAAGAAGAUCAGAUUGAGAGACUUGGAAUCUACAUCCUGAUGCUGUCAUAAAUUGCAUACACAAAGACCGUCACACAUCACUUCAUUUCUCUGUGCACUGGUUUCUUUACCAUGUGAGCAUUGUAAUACAUGACAGGGACAGUGAUAAACUGGACAAAGAUUUAAUUUUCUCCCAGGCAUGGGCACUGUCUAGUGCAGUUAGAGGAUUUAAGGAUGGACAAGUUUGGGGAACAAGGAGUGCUACUAGAAAAAGAGCUCAAUCUAAAUGAGAAAGGAGAAAUCCCACAUUCAGGCUCUGAAACCUUGGUGCAACCCUCAGUGGGGUUCUUUCUGAGCAUCUACUGGCCUCUAUGUGCUCCCAGUUAAGUUCCAGAAAGUCUUCUGCAGCACCAGGAUCCUGUUUUUCUUCUUGAGGCCUCAUCCAAGCAGAUCUGUUUGGGGCCUCCCCCUUAAAAACCAGCUGCUCCCUCUAUCCCAAACUUUGUAUCUUCACAGGAAAAAGGUGAAUGGGAUUCAAGGUUCCUCUUCUUAACCACUGUGAAUAAUUCAAAGUAUUUUCUGCUGGCAGAAAGCAAUACAAAUAAAAACAUUGGCAUGUUUUCAAAGAGAA